AUGUCCACCAAUGCCCCAUUUUCCCAGGAAAAGACAUUCAGCACCUACAACCAAGCCCAGGGUGAAGCCUACGCCAACCUCCGCCCCGAAUACCAUCCCAGCAUAUACCAAAUGAUCAUAGACCAUCACAUAUCAACCGGUGGGGGUCUCGAUAUUCUCCUCGAUAUUGGUUGUGGUCCAGGCAUUGCCACCCACGCACUAGCCCCGAGAUUCUCCUCCGUCUUCGGCCUCGAUCCAUCCGAAGGCAUGAUAGCAACAGCCCGCACACACAGCAAGGGAAAACAGACCACCAACGUGCAAUUCAACGUAUCAACGGCUGAGGACCUUGGCUCAAACCUAUCCCCACCAAUCCAAGAUGCCACCGUGGACCUCAUCAUCUCCGCAAACGCAGCCCACUGGUUCAACAUGCCAGCCUUCUGGUCCUCGGCCGCCCGCGUCCUUAAACCAGGUGGUACAGUCGCCCUCUGGGCACCCUGCAAACCAGCAAUCCACCUCUCCACACCUAACGCAGCUGCCAUCCAAGCAGCAAUGGAGAAGAUCCAGGCGGAGUAUCUUGCACCAUUCUAUGAGCCGGGGAACCUCCUAACUCAUAGUCGGUAUACCGAGCUCCCUCUCCCAUGGAGUCUGGAUGCCCCCAUCGCGGCGUUUGAUAAAGAUACCUUCUUUCGUCGAGAGUGGGGUGUUGAGGAGGCGUUUUUCGAUAGAGAGCCUGUUCUGAGCAUGGAUCAGAUGGAGAAGAUGAUGGCGGUUGGAAGUCCGGUUACGCGCUGGCGGGAGGCGAAUCCUGAUGCUGCAGGGACUGAGGGGGAUGUUGCUAGGAUUUUUCGAAGGACCAUGGAGAAGCUCCUUCAUGAAGCGGGGGUGGAGGAGGGGAAGGAGUUUAUUCGAGGGGGUUCGAUGGGGGUAUUGUUGAUGGUGAAGAAGGGUAAAGGUGAGUAA